CAUGACAACGAGUCGGCGCCCGGCGCUCAGCUGCUGCUCCGGCGGGACCCAGGCUGGACCGCGGGCCCCGGCCUGGGGGCCACAGCUGCCAACACCUAAGCCACCUCGUCUCCUCCCCGUCCUCGCCCAGCCCCAGGUGUCCCUGCCUCACUCGGGCCCGUGGCCGGGGUCGCUCCCCGCCGCCCCUCCCCGCGCGGAUGCCGAAGGUGAAGGCGCUGCAGUGCGCCCUGGCGCUGGAGAUCCGCUCAGUAACUUGCCCAGGAGUCGUGCUUAAAGACAAAGAGGACAUUUAUCUUAGCAUCUGUGUGUUUGGCCAAUACAAAAAGACACAAUGUGUCCCAGCCACUUUUCCACUGGUCUUCAAUGCCAGAAUGGUGUUUGAAAAGGUGUUCCCGGAAGCAGUAGAUCCUGGAGACGUGGUUACACAGCUUGAAUAUGAUACAGCAGUGUUCGAGUUGAUACAGUUAGUUCCACCAGUGGGUGAAACACUGUCUACAUAUGAUGAAAAUACAAGAGAUUUCAUGUUUCCGGGUCCAAACCAAGUAUCUGGACACCAUGAUUCAAACCGCCAGGUUACCAUGAGGAGGAUUUCUGGCCUUCGAGGAAAUGCUCCAAAGCUGGAAUUUUCUACAACUUCAGUGAUUACUGAAUGUCUGAUUAGUUCAAGGAAAUGCCGCACUCAGGAUAAAUUUAUUUACCAUUCGGCUCCAGCUGAAAAAUCACACGGCAGACUGCAAAACAGAACAUCAAGAUCACAAAAGAAAAAAUCCAAGUCACCUGAGAGAAGUAAAUAUUGCAUAAAUGCAAAAAACUACGAACAGCCUACAAUCUCUUCAAAAUCACACUCUCCAUCUCCCUACACAAAAAGACGCAUGUGUGAGCUAUCUGAAGAUACCAGGCGGCGGCUGGCCCAUUUAAAUCUGGGACCCUAUGAGUUCAAAAAGGAAACAGAUAAACCUCCAUUUGUGAUUAGACAUGUUGAUCCCCCGAGUCCCAGGGCGGAUACUUUAUUUGGAUCUUCUGGCAGAGACUGUGAAAGAGAUGGAUGGUCAAGGGUUCACAAUGAUCAUUCUCAUCUUGGCUGCUACCGACCCAAGGACUAUAAGGUUAUCAGGACACCCCAUGGGAGAGACUUCGAUGACUCUUCAGAAAAGUGUGAAGAAUAUCUGAGCCCAAGGUCAUGUAGUAAGUCUCAGCAUUCAGCGAGGACGUUACUAGUCCAUUCAGCACCCUCAACAAUGCCGAAGCAUUCUCCAAGCCCUGUGUUAAAUAGAGCUUCUCUCAGGGAAAGGUUUCAUUCUGAUUGGUGUUCACCUUCAAACUGCGAUGAGAUCCAUGACCGGGAUGAGAGAGACCUAGAGAAAGAUGAUGAACUGGAACUGAAAAGAAGUCUUUUAUACAGAGACUCUGCCUAUGACAGUGACCCCGAGUAUAGCUCAUGUCAGCAACCACGGGGCACUUUCCAUUUGGACGAUGGCGAAUACUGGUCCAACAGGGCAGCCUCUUACAAAGGAAAAUCCCACCGUCCCAUCUUUGAGAACAGCAUGGACAAGAUGUACAGAAACUUAUACAAAAAGGCCUGUAGUUCUGUUUCUCAUACACAGGAAAGCUUCUGAGAACAUCCACGUAAACUGCAUGAGUGUCCGUGUCAGCUUCUCAAUGAAAAUGUUUGAUACGAUCAAUAUCUGUAUUUCUUUUUUUUAAAUGGGAUUAUAACUAAGUACAAUAGUUAGACUUGAAUAAGUUUAUUACUUCAAAUGGGAAAUUGUCAUAGGCAAGCCUUUUAAAAUAAUUAUUACAGAAGAGUCUGCUGUGUUGUAAACAUCAAAGCUCUGUCACACAGUCACAACUUCCAAUAUGUGAGAAGGAUAUUCUGUUACAUGUACAUCUCAAAUUACCAUCUACAAAUCCAAAAAUGUUCCUUUCUAGAAAUGUUUUUCUCUCUUAUCUUGUAAUUUUCUUUUCAUCUGCUUAACUGGUUAUCUUAUCUGUGUAAUAUUUAAUUAAUAUUGAUUACCUUUUAUUGGCGAUGAACAAAAUGAUAUACAGAAAUGAAUUUCCUAAAAGUUUAAACACUAUUUUAACUAACAUUUUCUACCUUUUCCUUUUUUAGAACAGGCUAUUAUAUUUCUUAGCUCAUUGACUUUCAUUUUAAAGACUAUAUAACCAUUCACUCAUUUUUCUCUGAAAGAAGUACCUAAGUUGCUUAAAAUGCUUAGCAGUUAUCUAGAAAUAUCAGUGGCCGAGGAUAAUCAAAAAUUUGAAUAACUAGUUUUUAAAUACAGAAUUCUUUCCAUGAUAUUUUUCUAGGGCCAAACAUUUUGGUACAACCAGAAUCAAAAAAUAGCUUCUGUUGGUAAGCUUAUAGAAACUCAAAAAUAAUAAUGGAAUUAUAUUUUAAUUUGAGUCUUUGGGAUUUGUGUAAGUAUCAUAUGGCCCAAGAAAUUAUUAUAGUAUCCCCAC